CAAGUAAGCAUUUGACCCGUAUCUUGUUAUCAGUUUCUCUCCUUCUCGCUCGCGGUUGAGAAACUGAGAAUCCCGAUCUCAGAAUCGCCGGAAAAAGCUUCAGAAAUCUGCAAUCUCUCGUCGGAAAAAGGUAAGGCGCCGGCAAUAGACGGCAUACUGAUUUCUCCGAUCGUUGAAUUCCUAAUCGCGCCGCUGCAUCUCAGCAGAAUCACAGCCACCUCGUGUUUCUUUCGCUUACAACCGCCGAGCUUCUAACAGUGAGAAUUCACAUAAUGGCAACUGAAACAGGGCUUGAGUCUCUUGUUGAUCAACAAAUUUCAGUAAUCACAAAUGAUGGAAGGAACAUUGUGGGAGUUCUGAAAGGUUUUGAUCAAGCUACAAACUUAAUUCUCGAUGAAUCCCAUGAGCGCGUUUAUUCCACCAAGGAAGGAGUACAGCAAAUUGUUCUAGGUCUUUACAUCAUUAGGGGAGACAAUAUAAGCAUUAUUGGCGAGUUAGAUGAAGAACUAGAUUCACAGCUCGACUUCUCAAAUCUCAGAGCUCAUCCUCUAAAACCUGUUAUUCAUUGAUCGGGUAGUUUCUAUACUAUACCGGAUUUAGUAAGUAAGUAAUUAAACGAGUUUAAACUUUUGCCAAUUUGUAAUAUGAUAAUGAUGAUCUCAAAUGUUACUGUUUCUAGCCAUUGUUGCAAAUUCGGUUGGUUUGGUUACAACAUGAACUCAGGUAUCUCUUAUUCUAAGAUCGCAGGAUUGCUCUUCAUUUUUUGUUGUUGAAUGAAAAACCUCUUUAUUUUAUUA